GUGUUUGGGGAAACAGACCCAUCAAGCCUGGCUGCUGUGCUUAGAGCCAGUGAACAGUUGGUACUCAAUGACCUUUGACCUGCUGUGCUUUCUUCACAGCUCCAUCUCCCACUCCGUGCUGUCUGAGAUGCAGAUGAUUGAGCAGGAAACCCCGCUGAGUGCAAAAUCUUCCCGAUCACAGCUUGACUUGUUUGAUGAUGUUGGAACUUUUGCCUCUGGACCCCCAAAGUACAAGGAUAAUCCCUUUUCCUUGGGAGAAACUUUUGGUUCUCGCUGGGAUUCAGAUGCAGCCUGGGGUAUGGACCGGGCAGAAGAGAAGGAACCCGAAGUGACAAUCUCCAGCAUUCGGCCUAUUUCAGAAAGAACCACAAGUCGGAGGGAAGUGGAGAGCCGGAGCUCGGGUCUGGAGUCCAGUGAAGCAUGUCAGAAGUUUGCAGGAGCCAAGGCCAUCUCAUCUGACAUGUUCUUUGGUCGAGAGGUGGACUCUGAGUAUGAAGCCAGGUCUCGGUUACAGCAGCUCUCAGGCAGCAGUGCCAUCAGCUCUUCAGACCUUUUUGGAGAUGUGGAUGGAGCUCAUGGAGGAGGAACUGUAUCUCUGGGGAAUGUAAUUCCUACAGCUGAUAUUGCCCAGUUUAAGCAGGGUGUCAAGUCUGUGGCUGGCAAGAUGGCUGUGCUGGCCAAUGGUGUGAUGAAUUCUUUACAGGAUCGCUACGGUUCCUACUGAUCCAGGCUCCAUGGCUCAAGCCUGUGGUGGUGACAGCGAGAACCCUGAUUCUCAGGCCAGGGUGCCUGCCUUGUGGAUCUGGGGAUUUGUGGACUUUGUGUGGUGUGUGAGUUGGGUGGCUUUGAAGGAUCCCGGGCGAGGGGAAUGGUCAGCAUCAGCCUUUGCCCUUUGCCUGUGCAUUGAGUUCUUGUCCUCACCCUCUCCCUCCACGCUAGGCUCUUCUUCCAGUCCUGCCUACAGCUGCUGCACUGGGAGUGAGAGGAGAGUUCCAGCAGGGUGGCUUUAGGGGUCUAGUUCUUCCCCAAGGAGGGAAGGCGGAAGGCUUCUGUGGGCUCUAGGAUCCUUUUAGAUGGGCUGGGGGGCUUGGCCCUCCGUAUUCUGGACACAGGGGAGGCCUGACAAGAGCUGUGCUGGAUCAGCCCUCAGGGAGAAGUUCUGGACUUGCCACUGCUGUUGCCAUCAGUGGCCUCUGGGUUCCAGGGGAGGGUGGGAUAGGAGAAGGACCCCGGAAACUCACUAAGAGCUAGAACUUUUGCUUGGCACCUAAAGGUUUUAUUUGGGAUCAGCCUGGAUGGAGGCCUGGGCAUCUUCCUUUGUCACUGCUGUCCCUUGGAGGCUGACUUCUGCUUAGGUGUCUUGAGAGCCCUUAUCUACCAUUACUACGGGUCAUAGCACCUCCGUCUGUGCUUGAGAUUCUCUCCUUGUGUGUUUUGCUCCGCACCCAUGGCAGGUCUCACCUAUGUGUCCUGCCUGGCUGCUGUGCAUCUGCUGUUGGCCGAGGAAGCUGAGACCCAGAGAAAGCCCUGGAGCUCAGCUUUUGUCCUCUGCACCAUUCUGGGUUUAGGGGUCCUAGGCAGCACUCCGUCAGUCAGUGAGAGCUUGAGCUCCUGCAGCUGCCGCCCACACACUGGCCUCUGGCCUCGCACUGUGUCAUCCUUGGUGCCAUCUCACCUUGCUGUCCUGGCAGCUGGGCCCAACCCUACCUGUGCAUUGCAGGCUGGGCUCCCAAACAACACAGACCACUCUUCCCUCAUCCCUCCCCAGAGGGACAUGACUUUCUUUCAGCACUGUUUGUAUUGAAACAAAGUGGUGUCAAAAUAAAGCCCCCACGGGGCCCUGUGGGUCA